AUGCCUGCCAUUCAUCUCGGUGUCUACUUGACUUCCGGCUCUGAGACCUAUCAAGCGUGCCGAUGGGCUUUGGAGGCCGGCUAUCGAGGCAUUGACAGUGCCCAAAUGUACCACAACGAGAAGGAAAGCGGGCAUGCAGUCUCCGACUUUCUUUCCAGCAGCGACAACACAGACUCGCUCAAGCGCGAAGACAUCCAUUUCACCUCCAAGCUGGCAUCCAACUCAUCGUACGAUGCCGCCCGCAAAGCAAUCACGCGGUCCGUAAAGGAAUGCGGGCUUGGCUACAUCGAUCUAUUCCUGCUCCACUCUCCGUAUGGGGGCAAGAAGGCGCGCCUCGAAAGCUGGAGAGCAGUCGAGGAUGCAAUCGACGACGGCGAGAUCAGAAUUGGUGGCGUCUCAAACUACGGAGUCAAGCAUUUGCAAGAGCUUUUGGACUCUAAGCCCAGAAUCCUUCCGGCAGUCAACCAGAUUGAGAUCCAUCCGUUCAACACACGCUUCGACAUUGCCGACUUCUGCCAGGAGCACGACAUCGUGGUGGAAGCUUACGCUCCGCUCGUCAGGGCCCUGAAGAUGAAGCACGCCGUCAUUGCGUCCCUGUCGAAGAAGUACUCGUGCACGCCGGGCCAGCUGCUCGUCCGAUGGAGCCUGCAGCAUGGGUACGUGCCGCUGCCCAAGAGCGUGAACAAGACGAGGAUGGUCGAGAACGGUGAGGUGCAGGGUUUCUCCAUCGACGACAGCGACAUGAAGAAGAUGGACGCGCUGGACGAGUAUCUUGUCACUGACUGGUACGUACUUCCCGUCGGGCAGCGCCCACGAAGGAGGGAAGCGACUUCGGUGGCCAAAUUGUCUCCAAUAUAUCCGGGUGCUGACGCUCCAAGGGACCCCACCGACACAGCGUGA